AUGACGACCUCGAUCGACACGAGACCUUCGGAGCCCAUCCGACAGCUGGCGGAUACGACGCCGGACCCCGUCGCGUCCGACGACUUCCUGCGCGGCCGCGAGGAGUCGCUCUCCAACGCGCUCGGCAGGACGAACAACCAGAGCGGCGUCCACACCUCUAGCAAUAUCGGCACCGGCGCCAGCGCCAGCACCAGCUCCAGCCACAAUGACGAGUCGGAUGUCGAAGACCACACCGCCGCCGCUGCCGACGAAGGGGGCAACAAGUCCCUCGUGGGCGGCGUCAGUGCAGCCGCGGCGAGCGUCGGCGGAGCCGUGUACGCUGGCGCCAACAACGUCUUCCAGAAGGCGCCAGACCUUGGCCUCACCGCCGCCUUUUCGCGAUGGACGGGCGUCGGAGCGCAAACGGGCCAGGACGACACCGCUGGAUCCACACGGGACGAUGCUGACUCGACGUCGACGGCCGGCAACGAGCAGGAGGGAUCGACGACGGCAACGGCGGAAGCCAAGGAGGGCGUCGAGGAGGAACGCGGGCCAUCGAACCCGGAGCGACUCGACAAGCCCCAAACGGCCGUCGGCACCGAAUAUGGCAUUCCCACGUCGGCCGGUGCCGGUACGACGCUCUCACCGGACCUGACGGUACGGGAGGCGGCGGACCGCGAGAAGGAGCUGCGCGGGAACGACCAGGUCGGGGGCAAGAGCGCCGCCGUCGUGGGCCAGGAUUACCGCGACCAGCCCUGCCCCACGGCCGAUGCGGCGAGGGCCCACCCUACCAGCCAGCCAGCCGAGGGCAAGACGGACUUCGCCGACCAGCACGAACGCGAGCGUGGUCGGACCGAGGGCGAGGGCGAGGGCGACGUCGACUCGUCGCUGCGACAGAGCGGCAGCGGAGGCAAAGACUCGGAGAGGACCCUGGUCGACGACGAUGCCGAUGGAGACGACGACAGUGAAACGGCCAGGAGCAAGAGGUCGCUCGGUGCCAAGCUCAAGGACAAGAUCAAGGGCGAGGCCAAGGUGAUUGCCGGCAAGGUCAGGAAGGACGAGGAUGCCGUGCUCGAGGGAAGGGCAAUCAAGCAGGGCGUCGACAAGACCGAGGUGCGCGUCUAG